AGCAGGGUCGGGCUUCUUGCGCAGUUAAAUCACGCAGGUUGUUGCUGUAGAGAACCGUGUCCGGAUAUGGUUGCUAAGCAACACGAAAACAUCUAAUGCCGGCAGAGCUCGGAGAAGCGAACUCAAAACUUCGGGUGGGUUUGACACUUUUAUUUGCAUCUAAAAAUUAAAUAUGCAGUCUGAACCCUUUCGUUGCUGACCGCGUCGUGAAGCAGGAUGAGGGAGCCGAACGACACGCUGGAGCCCAGCGUGAUCGAUGAGGAGAUGCUGCAGAGGGCCGUGGAGGAGCAGGGGCCGCAGGACGCGGAGAACCCCGCCGCAAGCAUCGCUAAGGCGGAGGGUAUCCAGCGGGAGCAUGUGCGCCGGCUGCGCCUGGAUUUCAGGAAAAUUUUAAAGAUCGAUCACCUCUGGGAGUUUACGUGCCUGACCAAACUGCAACUGGACAACAAUGUUAUUAACAAAAUUCAAGGACUUGAAUCUUUGGUUAACUUAGUAUGGCUUGAUCUUUCCUUUAAUCAUAUCGAGGUGAUAGAGGGUCUGAAUACCUUGUUGAAACUGGAGAACCUGAGUUUGUACAACAACAGGAUCUCUGUCAUAGAAAACAUGGAUUCCCUUGUACACCUGCAAGUGGUUUCCCUUGGAAACAAUCUUCUGUCCCAGCUUGACAAUAUUGUUUAUCUGCGGAGGUUUGAGAGUCUGCGCACACUAAACUUAGCAGGAAAUCCUUUUUGCAAAGAUGAAAACUACAAGGCCUUAAUCGCUGCUUACCUCCAAGGCCUGGUCUACCUGGAUUACAGGCUGGUAGAUGAGGAGACGCGCAAGGCAGGACUGGUGAAAUACCAGGACGCCCUGGAGGAGCUGAGGCACAAGGAGGGGGAGGCAACGAGGGUCUUGGAAGCCAAACGCAGGGAUGAGGAGGAGCUGCGGAUGCACAGGGAGGCUUUUGUGGAGUUCCUGAAUGGACCCUAUCUCUUCGAUAGCAUGUAUGCAGGGGAUCCAGAAGCUGCCAAGCUGGCCUGCCUGCCUGGGCUGAAUGCGCUGCUGGAUUCAUACCGGAGCCAGCAGGUGGCGCUGUGCAUGCAGAUGUUUGAGUUGGGUCUGCAGCAGUGGGAGAGAAGGAAGGCGGAGGUCGACUCCUUCUUCGAGGGCUGCCAGGAGGCUGUGGCUGAUAACAGGAAGAGGGGAGCACAGCUGGUGGACGACUUCCAGGGCUCCGUCAGGGAGACCCUGGCAGAGAUGCAGCACUCCACUGAGCCAAGGCUACUGGAGACCCAGUGGAACCAGUUCAGGGGAGAUCUCAGCCAACUCUGCGACACACUCCUGACUGUGGAACUCGAACUGGUCGACCAGCUGGAAGACAUCAUCAAGGAGUUUGAGAGGAACUUCUCGGAGAUGACUGGGAGCUUCCUCGAAACUUUGCAGGGAAUCUUCACCCAGUGCCGCGACCUUGAGAACCAGCACCAUGGAAAACUCCAGGAGAUCGCCUUGGCAACCUUGGAUAGGGUGGCCAAGGGCACAAUGGAACAGGAGAUGCCGGAUGAUGUGCUUGCGCUGUUCGUCGAUAAGGACACGCUACUGAGCGCCGUCGGCGCCUCUCACGACACUCACCUGCUGAGGAUCGACAACCGGGAGGACGAGCUGGUGACGCGCGUCAACAAAUGGGUGACCGAGCUGAUGAAGACGAUACAAAAUGAUGAAGUGAAGCGAAAUCGCAAGCGGAUCGCAGAGAUUUUCCACUACGCUGAUUAUGUGAAGGAGCAGAUGCGAGAGGCUUUAGACCAGGAGACCCGGUAAAAUGAACAAUUAAGGAAAUAACACAAUAAGUCACAGAACAAAAUAUGUUUUAAAAUAUACAAACAUAUAAUAAAGUUGUC